AUGUGUUGGGACACAUUACGAGUUUUGGGUUUGGGUUUGGGUUUGGGUUUGGGUUUGGGUUUGGGUUUGGGUUUGGGUUUGGGUUUGGGUUUGGGUUUGGGUUUGGGUUUGGGUUUGGGUUUGGGUUUGGGUUUGGGUUUGGGUUUGGGUUUGGGUUUGGGUUUGGGUUUGGGUUUGGGUUUGGGUUUGGGUUUGGGUUUGGGUUUGGGUUUGGGUUUGGGUUUGGGUUUGGGUUUGGGUUUGGGUUUGGGUUUGGGUUUGGGUUUGGGUUUGGGUUUGGGUUUGGGUUUGGGUUUGGGUUUGGGUUUGGGUUUGGGUUUGGGUUUGGGUUUGGGUUUGGGUUUGGGUUUGGGUUUGGGUUUGGGUUUGGGUUUGGGUUUGGGUUUGGGUUUGGGUUUGGGUUUGGGUUUGGGUUUGGGUUUGGGUUUGGGUUUGGGUUUGGGUUUGGGUUUGGGUUUGGGUUUGGGUUUGGGUUUGGGUUUGGGUUUGGGUUUGGGUUUGGGUUUGGGUUUGGGUUUGGGUUUGGGUUUGGGUUUGGGUUUGGGUUUGGGUUUGGGUUUGGGUUUGGGUUUGGGUUUGGGUUUGGGUUUGGGUUUGGGUUUGGGUUUGGGUUUGGGUUUGGGUUUGGGUUUGGGUUUGGGUUUGGGUUUGGGUUUGGGUUUGGGUUUGGGUUUGGGUUUGGGUUUGGGUUUGGGUUUGGGUUUGGGUUUGGGUUUGGGUUUGGGUUUGGGUUUGGGUUUGGGUUUGGGUUUGGGUUUGGGUUUGGGUUUGGGUUUGGGUUUGGGUUUGGGUUUGGGUUUGGGUUUGGGUUUGGGUUUGGGUUUGGGUUUGGGUUUGGGUUUGGGUUUGGGUUUGGGUUUGGGUUUGGGUUUGGGUUUGGGUUUGGGUUUGGGUUUGGGUUUGGGUUUGGGUUUGGGUUUGGGUUUGGGUUUGGGUUUGGGUUUGGGUUUGGGUUUGGGUUUGGGUUUGGGUUUGGGUUUGGGUUUGGGUUUGGGUUUGGGUUUGGGUUUGGGUUUGGGUUUGGGUUUGGGUUUGGGUUUGGGUUUGGGUUUGGGUUUGGGUUUGGGUUUGGGUUUGGGUUUGGGUUUGGGUUUGGGUUUGGGUUUGGGUUUGGGUUUGGGUUUGGGUUUGGGUUUGGGUUUGGGUUUGGGUUUGGGUUUGGGUUUGGGUUUGGGUUUGGGUUUGGGUUUGGGUUUGGGUUUGGGUUUGGGUUUGGGUUUGGGUUUGGGUUUGGGUUUGGGUUUGGGUUUGGGUUUGGGUUUGGGUUUGGGUUUGGGUUUGGGUUUGGGUUUGGGUUUGGGUUUGGGUUUGGGUUUGGGUUUGGGUUUGGGUUUGGGUUUGGGUUUGGGUUUGGGUUUGGGUUUGGGUUUGGGUUUGGGUUUGGGUUUGGGUUUGGGUUUGGGUUUGGGUUUGGGUUUGGGUUUGGGUUUGGGUUUGGGUUUGGGUUUGGGUUUGGGUUUGGGUUUGGGUUUGGGUUUGGGUUUGGGUUUGGGUUUGGGUUUGGGUUUGGGUUUGGGUUUGGGUUUGGGUUUGGGUUUGGGUUUGGGUUUGGGUUUGGGUUUGGGUUUGGGUUUGGGUUUGGGUUUGGGUUUGGGUUUGGGUUUGGGUUUUGGGUUUGGGUUUGGGUUUGGGUUUGGGUUUGGGGUUUGGGUUUGGGUUUGGGUUUGGGUUUGGGUUUGGGUUUGGGUUUUGGGUUUGGGUUUUGGGUUUGGGUUUGGGUUUGGGUUUGGGUUUGGGUUUGGGUUUGGGUUUGGGUUUGGGUUUGGGUUUGGGUUUGGGUUUGGGUUUGGGUUUUGGGUUUGGGUUUGGGUUUGGGUUUGGGUUUGGGUUUGGGUUUGGGUUUGGAGUUUGGGUUUAGGUUUGGGUUUGGGUUUGGGUUUGGGUUUGGGUUUGGGUUUGGGUUUGGGUUUGGAGUUUGGGUUUGGGUUUGG